AUGGCCGCGCGGAGCGGCAGCGGCGGUAACGCGGACCGCACGAUGGUCAUGUCGGGCGCAAGCGGCGGCGCGCGGCCCUCGAUGGCUCCCCAGGGGUCCGGGGGCGCCGUAAAGGCCAGACAGCUGCUGGCGCAGCUCUCGGCCAACCUAGCAGACACGGAGAACCUGUUGCGCAUGACGAGCGUGCAGGCUGAGGCGAUGCGGGGACUAGGGAGCUGGCAUGGCGGGCUGUUCAUGGCGGCGAGCAAGGUCCUAGGCGAGGAGUCGGUCAGGGAACAGGCACAAGCGCAGGCACAGACGCGGCAGCGGCAGAGCGGCGGUUCGAGGUGA